AUGAACGCAGGUGGCACCUCGCAGCUGCGGUGCAUUUUGCUGGUGCUGGUGGCGGUGAGCUCGGCAUGGCAAACCCUGGCAGCUGGCACGUGUGACAGCAAUGCGCUACUGCAAUGCGCUGUUCCCACGGCGUGUGAGGACCUGGACACCUUCCUGGCCUGCGCCACAGCAAUCAACUGCCAGUCGGACCCGGCAGUGUCACAGGUGAUUGCAGACCUGCGGGAAUGCUUCAGCACUGCCGGCGGCGACAACGGAAAUGGAGCGCCGCAGAUGUGGACCGCAAACGGCACGCUGUACCUGCAGGCUGGCAACGACAUUGUGUUCCAGACCAAAACGGCAAGCAGCAACAACAAUGACCAUCCCGUGAGCGUUACGGACAUCAAGGGCGUUUUGUCAACACUGCCAACGCUGGCUUCGAAGGAUGACGUGCAGCGCGUGAACGACACCGUGAGCGACGUGGAGGGCGCGCUGCGCACCGAAAUCUCCACCACCAGCGAGGUGGUGACGGAUGCGCUUGUGCCGCGAUUCAGCUCCAUGGAGGCCGCCAUUGCCCGCUCUUUCGCUGCCAUCAACGCGUCUCUCGCCGCCACGUGGUCGUCCCUGGAUGGCGUCAACGCCAGCCUCACAGACAGCAUCCAGGAUGUGCAGCGGCAUGUGAGCCGAGCCGCCGCGGAGGCCAGCAUGGCCACCGGCGAGCUGAGCCAGGAGGUAUCCACGCUCUUCGAGGGCGUGAAUGGCGUUGUGGGCGAGCUUGCAGGCAAGGUUGUGGAUUUGGAGGACACGACCCGCCAAGCAAACGACCAUAUCUCAACGCUGCUCUCAAACCAAGAAGUGUUUGAGGCUUUCCGCCAGGCUGCCAGCCGUGGCUUGUCUGCCGAUGCGCCUGCCACCACAUGUCAGGAGGUCACAUCGCGCAGUGAUGGUGUCUUCUAUUUCCAGAGUUCGACGGGCGGCACCUUCGAGGCAUUUUGCGAUCUGACACGAGACGGUGGCAACUGGGCGAAAGUGCUGCAGUACCCUGGCCAAGACUUUUCGGGAUGGAAAAGUGGCUCUGACGGUUCUGUGGGCAACAUUGCUGUUGGAGACCUCGUGUCGUCCUUCAGCAAGCUCUCAGACGCACAAAUCAACAGCCUCAAGUCCUCAAGCUCCGAAUUUCGCGUGUGGAAAUUCGAAACCGCCUGCACGAACAACAACCUGUACAUUGUGACCGGCACAAGCUACGAUGACGCGCGCCUUGACCUCGGCCUCGCAAGGGAUGGUGUGAAUGUGUACUGUGUUGCUCGCACAUUGGAGGAAUGCGAUGACAAGUGGAACAACGGGGAGCUGCGUCGUUACAACGGCAACGGCGACUUUUUCGCCUUUGACACCUACUACACCAACAACAACGACGAAUCUUGCAACCGCUUCUUUAUUGGCCACGUGGAUCCUAGCAACCCAUACACGUGCUACCCGAGUACAACCAAUGCUCGCUGCGUGAGCGCCGGUUCUUCGUGCCAGUGCGGUAGCGGAUCGUCAUACUCGCCACACAAAGAUCCAUUCCCUGCAAUGUGA